AAAAAUAAGAGAGCACCUGAGAGAAUCAGAACAGUGGCAGUUUCGUGAAUAUACGACUGAAUCAAUCUUUGUUGAUGGAGAAUGUGGUGGUGGUUCGUGAUGGAGAUGAAGAACUCUCUCUAUUCCUGGAGAUGCGAAGACGCGAGAAGAUUCAGUUUUACUGGAGUUUGAUUUUGACAGGAGUAAACAGUGUUGACAAGACUAGCACAAAGAGUUUGGAGCUUUUGAAAAGGAGCUGUGUUAAGCUGCCUAUGAGCGCUGUUGAAAAGUUUUUGGACUCUGAGAACGAUAAGUCAGAUUACGAGUGGUUACUUGCGGCUCCUGAGACACUAGGAGGGAAACAGAACUCAAUGGUUAACGUCAAGGAGCCUAAAGCUAGGUCCAUUGCUCUGAAACCACGGGUUGAAAACAUUCCGCAAGAACCUGUGACACGGAGCGUUAAGGCUUCCAAGCCAACCCCAAGAACUGCUUCUAGCAAACAAGCCAACACAGCUGCAGAAGUAUUACCAAGCAGUAAACCGUCAAGACAAGCCACACCCACUUCACGAGCCACAUUAUCUUCCACAAGACUAACCAACUCUGCUCGAAAUUCGAAUCAAAAUAGUAGAACCACUUCAAACAAAUCCAAUCCACGAGCAUCUGCUCUUACCCGUUCAUCCUCGGUGGGAAAGUCAGUCUCUAGUGCUAAAUCUACAACUCCAACAAUCCCUGAAACACGUGCUAGACCUGUCUCAGCCUCAAGAAGCAGAGUCCACAGUUCAUCGGACAGAUCAACGGGACGGUCCAAGAUUAGCAAUGAUGUGAAUCCUGUGUUGAUGGGGACUCAAAUGGUGGAAAGAGUUGUGAACAUGAGGAAACUGCCACCUCCAAAAUUUGACGAUAACACCUGCUCGGGUUUCGGGAGAACUCUUUCUAGGUCGUCUCUAGACAUGGCUUUGAGGCACAUGAACAUAAGGCAUAGCGUUUCGAAGAAUCUGAGGGUAACAAUCAAUGCUCCUACAAACUCGAUGAACAAAAACGAGUCAUCCUAAUAUCCAAAUACCCUCAGCUUUGGUGGAACACUCUAUGGAAACUACAUAUUAUUAUAGAUGCUACGUAGUACUAUUUUCGAACCUAUUCAUUAGUGAUUUUUGUUUCCUAGUAACCAUUUGGUGGUUAUAUACUUAUAUGUAUGGGUACAUCGGCCAAUCAAGUUGAACCUAGCCGAGUCUUAGAGAAAGAUAUAUAUUCUUCAAAUCAUC